AUGAGGUCUUGCCGGUCCCUCGCGGCGUCGAGCCGCCAGCUCAGAACCGCACUGGCUGCCCCUGCAGGCUCUCUGCGACCAGUUGUGCUCGAAGCGCAGCGAGGUUUUGCACAUUUCGGAUCUCGCCAGCUUCACUGCUCGAGUGUCCGGAAGUCGGGGGUUGCUUCUAACCCUGCCAUGUCGUUUCCUUGUCUCGAUGCUUUGGAAACUCGAUCUGCCAAGCUUAGCAACGACGACUCUAGCGAUACCGAACCCUCGUACACGUCCGGAGCCACUCUCAACUACCUCUGCAAGGAGCCCCUCCUACUCGACUGGGGUGGUAUCCUCCCCGAGUUCAAUAUUGCCUACGAGACCUGGGGCGAACUCAAUGCCGACAAGUCGAAUGCCAUCCUCUUACACACUGGCCUGUCGGCCUCCUCCCACGCUCACUCGACAGAGGCAAACCCGAAGCCUGGCUGGUGGGAAAAGUUUAUUGGACCUGGAGGUCCUCUCGACACAAACAAGUACCAUGUCAUUUGCACAAACGUCAUUGGCGGCUGCAAUGGCUCAACAGGGCCAAGCAGUAUAGACCCAGGCAAUGGCGAACGAUAUGCGACUCGAUUCCCUAUCCUUACCAUGGGCGACAUGGUCCGCGCUCAGUUCCGUCUUCUCGAUCACCUUGGCGUUGAUAAGCUGUAUGCCUCAGUAGGCUCGUCUAUGGGUGGCAUGCAGUCUCUCGCCGCAGGUGUUCUCUUCCCCUCGCGAGUUGGUCGCAUUGUGUCUAUCAGCGGAUGCGCUCGGUCUCACCCUUACAGUAUUGCCAUGCGACACACUCAGCGACAGGUGCUCAUGAUGGACCCCAACUGGAACCGAGGCUUCUACUACGGCAAGGUUCCUCCUCACGCCGGUAUGAAGCUUGCCCGUGAGAUUGCCACUGUCACAUACCGAUCCGGCCCUGAGUGGGAAAUGCGCUUCGGCCGUCGUCGCGCCGACUCGAGUAAACCGCCGGCUCUGUGCCCCGACUUCCUCAUCGAGACGUACCUCGAUCACGCCGGUGAGAAGUGGUGCCUCAACUACGACCCCAACAGUCUGCUAUACGUCAGCAAGGCUAUGGAUCUAUUCGACCUCGGCAUCGAGAAUCAGCGAGCCACACGCGACCGUCGUGCCGAACGUGAGAAGCAGGUUGCCUCAGGCGAAGCCUCAACCCUCUCGUCAGAUGCCUGCAGUCUUACCCUUCCCGCACAGCCAUACGAGGAACAACCCAACUCACACCCCGACCCAUCAGACGAAACUGCCGUGCCCGGCUCCCGACCUCCCGAGGACUUGAUCCAUGGCCUAGCGCCCCUACGCGAUAUUCCAACACUGGUCAUGGGCGUCGCGAGCGAUAUCCUUUUCCCAGCUUGGCAGCAACGCGAGGUGGCAGAGGCGGUUCGGCUGGCGGGUAACAGGAACGUCACACAUAUGGAGUUGAGCGAGGAGAUGAGCAUGUUUGGGCAUGACACAUUCUUGCUUGAUUUGAAGCACAUUGGCGGUAACUUGCGCAUGUUUUUGGAUUAA